UCUUGAUGCUGUUGUGGGGCUGUUGGUAAACAGGAUAAGAAACGAGUUGAAUGUGACUAGUUCAAGACAGGCAAGGUCACCGCAGAAAAAUAUCUUCUUGGAAACAGACCCAACUGUUUCAAAUCCCACGAUGCCAGAUGUCAGUUCCCGGAAGCCCAAAUUCACAAAGUCUUUUCCCACCAAUCCCAAGGCAGUCGUCCCGGAGGAAGGGGUCCAGGCUGGGCUUUACAACGCGUUCCAUACCUGACCCCUCCCCCUCGGACAGGCUUUCUGUUUCCCACGAUGUUAUCUGAGGAGCUGAAGGGAACGAGAUAGCCAGUCCAACGUCCACGGCGCCACUGGGAUAUAAGCAGGGAUCCCGGCGCUCGGCUGCCGUGUGAACGAGUGUGAAGCCACAAUCUAGAAAUGGCAAUGCUUUGGAUUCUGGGCUGCCUGGCGCUCGCCAGCUCUGCUUUCGGGUGCGGGGUCCCGUCCAUCAGGCCGUUCGUCAGCAACUACAACAAGAUCGUGAACGGGGAGAACGCCGUCCCCGGAUCCUGGCCUUGGCAGGUCUCUCUGCAGGAAACUACCGGGUUUCAUUUCUGCGGCGGCUCCCUGAUCAAUCAGUACUGGGUGGUGACGGCAGCUCAUUGCAGCGUCAGCGCCAGUCGCCAUCGCGUCAUCCUGGGAGAGUACGACAGAUCUUCCAGCGCUGAACCCAUCCAGGUGAAGACCAUCGCCAGGGUCUUCUUUCACCCGAACUACAACUCUCAGAACUUCAACAACGACGUGAGCCUCCUGCGCCUGUCCGCUCCGGCCCAGAUCACUCCCCGCGUGUCCCCCGUGUGCCUGGCUGCUUCCGGCAUCAACAUCCCGUCCGGAACCAAGUGUGUGACGACCGGCUGGGGGCGUACCCGCUUCACCUCCAGCCCAGCCAUUCUACAGCAGGUCGCUGUGCCCCUCCUCACCCCCAGCUACUGCAGACAGUACUGGGGCAACAAGAUCUCCGACCUGAUGAUCUGCGCCGGUGCUUCUGGAGCCUCGUCCUGCCAGGGUGACUCCGGCGGGCCGCUGGUGUGUGAGCGCAGCGGGACCUGGGAUCUCGUGGGCAUCGUGUCCUGGGGCUCCCAGGACUGUAACGUGCAGGCGCCCGCUGUGUACGCCCGCGUGGCUGCGCUGCGCAGCUGGAUCGACAACACUGUGGCGUACAACUAGAGUGCCGCGGACGCCCGCGACCACUGUACCUGUGAGACUGUGAAAUAAAGAAAGGCUUGAAUCUGAA